AUGGGACUUACAAGUUACUCCUACCCAUCGUAUUACAGUUCCUAUCCGGCCGUGAAGAAUGUGGUCGAUUAUCCGUCGGUAGCUCCGGUGCUCGCCACCAAGGUCGUUGAUAACAGCUACGGACUGGGAUACACCAAGGUCGUUGAUAACAGCUACGGACUUGGAUACAACAAGCUGGUCGCACCAGUCGUCACCACCAAGGUCGUUGAUAACAGCUACGGACUGGGAUACAACAAGCUGGUGUCUCCGGUGCUUUCCAGCGGAUACGGUCUCGGAUACAACAAGCUGGUCGCUCCUGUCGUCGCUACCAAAGUCGUCGAUAAUGGUCUGUGGAACUAUGGCAGUUACGGACUGGGAUACAACAAGUACCUGUCGGCCGCUCCAGUUGCCAAAUAUGUGUUGUAAAUGUGUAAAUAAUAUUGUUUUAAUAAACCGGCUCCGACUCCGAUCUAUGACGUA